CCAGGCGGCGCCGUUGCGCGCCGAGUCACCGAUCGCAUGAAGCCCAGCGGCCUGGGUUGGCGCAGGCCGCCAGCCGCCCGCUCGCCGGGUGGGCUCCAGGGGGCGCCCUCAAGAGAGGGGCGGGGCGCUCAAGUUCCAGAGACCGGCCGGCAGGGGCCGUGGCGGGGCCUUCACUCCGCUGCUCCUCGGCACCCCUACGGCUCCGGUGGUUGCCGCUCCGGGCCCUACGCCGCGCCGUCGUCACCGUCGCCGCCACCGCCUCCGGGCCUCCGGGCCCUACCGCCGCCGCCAUGAAGCUACGGGUCCGGCUGCAGAAGAGGACCUGGCCGGUGGAGAUGCCAGACGCGGAGCCGACGCUGGGGCAGCUGCGCGCGCACCUCAGCCAGGCCCUGCUGCCGUCGUGGGGCUUCAGUUCUGAUACCCGGUUUGCAAUCACAUUGAACAACAAGGAUGCCCUCACUGGAGAUGAAGAGACCUUGGCUUCAUAUGGGAUUGUUUCUGGGGACUUGAUAUGUUUGAUUCUUGAAGAUGCCAUUCCAGCACCUAACUUACCUUCAUCCACAGAUUCAGAGCAUUCCUCACUCCAGAAUAAUGACCAACCCUCUUUGGCCGCCAGCUCCAAUCAGUCCAUCGUACAGGAUGAACAACCAAGUGAUUCAUUCCAAGGACAGGCAGCCCAAACUGAUGUCAGGAAUGAUGAAAAUAUGUCGGGGCCUAGCCAGACUUUUGAAACUGAGUCAGUUCAAGAUGUUGUGGCUAUGGAAGAGGGCACAGGUGUCUGUCCCUCAGAACCGAUGCUCUGCAGUGAGUCGGUGGAGGGGCAAGUGCCACAUUCAUUAGAGGUCCUGUAUCACUCAGCCGACUGUUCCAGUCCCAGUGAUGCCCUGAUAGUGUCAAUACAUCUGCUCAUGCUGGAGUCAGGUUACAUACCUCAGGGGCCUGAGGCCAAAGCCAUGUCCAUGCCAGAGAACUGGAGGUCGGGCGGUGUGUACAAGCUGCAGUAUACACACCCUCUCUGCGAGGGCGGCUCUGCUGCUCUCACCUGUGUGCCUUUGGGAAACCUAAUUGUCAUAAAUGCUAUGCUAAAGAUUAACAGUGAGCUCAGAAGUGUGAACAGAUUGCAGCUGCUGCCAGAGUCAUUUAUUUGCAAAACAGAACCAGGGGAAAAUGUGGCCAAGAUCUACAAAGAUCUUCAGAAGCUCUCUCGUCUCUUCAAAGACCAGCUGGUGUAUCCUCUUCUGGCUUUUACCCGACAAGCGCUGAACCUACCGGAUGUAUUCGGGUUGGUGGUCCUGCCGUUGGAGCUGAAACUGCGGAUCUUCCGACUUUUGGAUGUUCGUUCUGUUCUGUCUUUGUCUGCAGUUUGUCGUGAUCUCUUUAUUGCUUCAAAUGACCAACUGCUGUGGAGGUGUUUAUAUCUGCGGGAUUUUCGAGAUGGUACUGCGAGAGUUCGAGACACAGAUUGGAAAGAACUGUACAGGAAGAGGUACAAACAAAGAAAAGAAGCUCAGAGAGGGCGGCAUGUGAUGUUCAUUCCAUCGUCGCCCCACCCCCUCCCAUUCUACCCCAACCCCUUGCACCCCAGGCCUUUUCCUCCCAGCUCGCUCCUUCCUCCGGGAAUUAUUGGUGGUGAAUAUGAUGAAAGACUAACCCUUCCUUAUGUCGGGGACCCAAUCAACUCACUCAUCCCUGGGCCUGGGGAGACACCCGGCCAGUUCCCUCCACUCAGACCACGUUUUGAUCCAGUUGGCCCACUGCCAGGACCUAAUCCCAUCUUGCCAGGGCGAGGUGGCCCCGGUGACAGAUUUCCCUUAAGACCCAGUAGGGGCUGGCCCACCGACAGCCGGCUGCCAUUCAUGUGAUUGAUUUGUAAUCUCACUUCUGGGGCUUGUUUGGUUUUUGUUUUUUAAAACUGCAGAUGUCAUCUUGUUGGGGGUGCUGAUCUCUAGUGUGUUCUGAGUGCCAUGGUGAGGAACGCACACGGUGGCCUUUCGGUAGAUAUAUCUAAAGCUCCAGGGGUGGUAGGGCCCAGAGGUCACUGUAUGACCAGGUUGGCUUUGGAAAUAGUUGACUACUGACCUCCCCCCCCUCUGAAUUUCCCUCUAGGAUGAAGGUUGUUCACUGAUAAUGUUCUGCACCAGAUUAAAAAAAAUUAAGUAUAAA